ACAUGAUUUUCCAUUCACAAUCAGUGAACGCCAUUCGCGUCGUUCGGUAUUCAUCCUUGGAUAGAACCUGGGUCGUCUGGGUGAAAAUUUUCCGCCGAAAGCUCCGCGCGGCGACCGAAACGGGUAUCGGGUCUCUGAGUCCAGGGGUGGUUUAGUUGAUUGUGUGUGAGUAGCUACAAGGAAGAAGUGCUCUAAGGCAGCAGCUGAGGGCAGCAGGUGGUUUGGCCAUCCCAGGCUGCUCCUAUUUUUCCCCCAUCAUCCCUCUGUCUGCUUCCAGGGAGCGCUUCGAAACGCCAAAAUAGCAGAGUAAAAAAUUGCGCCCCAGAAGGACUGCUGGGCGCCUGGGACAAAAAUUCUCGCUUUUCCAAGCGUGUGGGUUGUUCGGAAAAUUUUCCUUGCUGCCAGGAUGGCGAUGUGAAAUUCUUACCCGAUGGUGUCAUCUUGCGAGGUGCUUUAAAAGAACUCUUCUGGAUUAUUUGCACGAUGAGCCAUGCAAUGGUGUUGCUGUUUCAGUGAGUUAUAUUUUUUUCUCGAAAGGACACUUGAAGUGCAGUGAUAUUCUUCAGAGCUCUUCUGGUUUCCUUCCCAUCUGAACGAAGUGAAGGGAAAAACCUCCGGACGGAAAAUAUUUACCCAGUCAAGGAGCACCACCAGCCAAGGGAUAUAAAUUCUUCUUAAGAUCAGAUCAUCAACAAACCGAAACCAUAAUGAAUCUAAUAUUGAUCUACGGUUCGCUGGCGCUUUACAUGGGGGUAUCGAUGGCAUCCCAACAUUCACCUUACUCGUUACAGGCGGCCAUUGAUUCGCUCCAUCGGCGUGAGGCCGAACUAGCCCUCCGAGAUGAGGCAACUGGUGAGCAAUUGGAUGACGAAGGAUACUGGCUAGAACCCUCUGAGGACAAACCGGCGUUCCGACCCAAUCGCCAGAGACUGAACAGGAUUCUGGCCAACUACCUACGGCGAGAUGACGACAUGGACGAGGCCCCGGAUUACGAUCCGUACGAACUGGAGGCCCGGAAGAGGUCAUUUUUCCGGGAGCGAGACGCUCUCGGUGACAUGUCCGGCUACCCGAGCGUCUUCAGGGAGCGUGAAAUGAGCGAAAAGUCCUUCCCGCGACCAGAUAUGUCGGCCGAAUUCCUGAAAGAAAUCGACCGGCAGGCAAACAUCGAACGAGAAGAGAAAUACCUGAACCAACUUCGGUCCCUGUGGGAUAAAUACCAGCAGCAAGAGAACGAAAUCGAACAGGACCUCUUUGACCCGGACGAGCAGAGAGCUGCCGAGGAGGCUGCAUACUUUGAGAAACGCCAGGGCUACCCAACCAGAUCACAAUCAGAAGCCGCCGAAGCGAUGUUCUACGCACCUCCGAUGGAAGAGAGAAAACGCACCAUGCCGAUGCUACCGUGGUUGCCAGCGUCACGGAAGAAGCGAUUCCCGGUUGCCAAACGAUCUCCGAAACCGGAAGCUAGUGGCACUUCGGGAACCGAAGACAAAGUAGCAAAGGACUUGCAAGCACUGUUUGGAGCACCAGCAGAGGAGAAGAAAAAGCGAUCAAGUGAACCGGAGGUGGAGAAGAAACCGGACAAUGUAGCGAAUAAUACCAAGAGCCACGAGAAGCGGCAAGCGAGUGAGGAACGCGAUGAUCAUGAAGAUUCUGAAGAGGGUCACGAAGACGAUGAACACGAUCAUGAGCACGAUCACGAUCAUGACCACGAACAUGAUCAUGACCACGAAGAGGACUCCGAUGAGGAGUUCGAGGGAGAGGAUGAUGACAAGAAAAAACGCUCGGUAAAGAAACGAGCAAAUCUAGAGGUCAUCAAGGAAGACCAGAUUCUGCCUGGAGAUAUUGGAGAGUUCAAGGCAAAAAAGUCCAUCCAAUGGAAUAAGUAUUUUGGAAUUGAUCGCAGGAAGAAGAGUGGUCAUGAUAGUGGCUCUUACCCGUUGAGUUUCUACAAAACGUACGACGAGGAUCGGCGGAAGAAGAACAUCAACCAGGAAAAGCUGGACAAUAUGGAUCAUAAGCUGAAAACAAUCGAAGAUAUGAUACUGGAUCAAACCGUGAAAUACACUGGAGAUCAUGAAGGCGGACUAGUGGAACCCGGUGAGCUGCAGAAGCUGAAGGACAAGGUAGUGUCUCGGCUGACUACCGCUUACAAUAUCGAAAAGAUGCGCCGCACCCUGGACAAGCUGAAGCAAUCGGUUGGAGAAGAUGAAGCGGACAAUGAAAUCGAUACCGAUAAGCGGGACGACAAGAAGGAAAAGGCAAAGCGGGUGGCCGUCAAGAAGGAAAAAGCCGAAUACGAUCACAGCCAACACAUGCUGGAGGAACCGCUGAACAAGGGUAGUCACAGUGAGGUCGAGAACGACUUCGACGAGCUGGACGACGACAAGAAGAAGAAAAAGAAGAAGCGGAUGAUCAAACGGUUCCAGGAGAUUUUCCAGAAUGAGACCCCGGACUUCGAGGAUGAGCAGGGCGCGGGACAUUACGCUCCACUAGGCGAAGGAUACGGUCGGAGUUUGGGUGCUGUUGAAAUGACGGAAUGCCCUUUACUGGAUGCCCUGGAGCGUAGAUGUCGUGGAGUUGACGUUUUAACCGGUGAUGUUUAUCAGGAUCUGCUGCCGGCUUGUGGAGCUCACCAGUUAUGCUACCUUUGCGGAACGACUCAGACCGUUUGCGACUUCCAGUAUCUGGCCGAAACGGACGCCAUCUGCGAGGGUCAAUCCGGAUGUCAGUCGACGGCGCGAUCGGCACUCAUGAUACUGCGAGGAUUCCCGGGACCUCAGUUGGGACCUCGCGAGUGCGCCAAGAAUCCCUGCCUAUACCGAGCGAUGCUCGAAGUCGGUGUCAGUGGAAUGUAAUUGUGCUCACAGAUGAUCGAUACAGCUAAAAGCACUAAACAGCCUAAGUCAUGAGUGCAAUUUUCGUUUCGUCUACCAAUGAUCUCUUACGCAUUUUAACUCGUCUCUAUGUUGAAUAAUUGUAAAUCAAUAUAAAACUUAUAACAAUUUAUCACCAUCUAUCGGAGUAUUACAGCUCUGCUCCGCCAUUUGGUUGUGGUCGUUUGAGGGCCGCGAUUCAUGUCUGAUAAAAAAAAAUAAAGCGAAUAUCCAGCCAUCAUUUGGAUCCCAUGUGUGUGUCCCCACAAUCAUAAGAUCUAGAUUUACCGGUCAAUGUUCAGUACAUCAUACUUCGGGAAUAGAAUAUUUGCAUUCAUCCAACCUGAAAGUGUUUGUUUGUACUAAAACUUUGCCAACUGAAUGCCACUGUUGGAAUGAGAUUAUUUUUAUACGAUAUUUUUGUGCGUAUUUACGUUCUGUUUUUGAAAAUUAUAUUUGUAUAAAAUCGUUGCUUACACUUAUUCAUUACCUGUUAUAGUCAACCAAUUAACGCAUGUCUCUAGAGCUAGAAAUAUGAUUCAAGCCGUUUCGUUCCACCGGAUAUGUGUGAUGAAAUUCGUUGUCAUCUGUACUGAGAGAAACAAGAAUAUCUAAAUUAACUGUCUUGGAAGAUCCUACAAAUAUUGUACUAUUAAACACAAACCAACACACAUCACUUCCUUGUAAGACCGAAUUGAUACCAACAAAAGGAAAACUUGUGCGAUGAAAUUAAUUUGACAAUAAUGGAAUAAGAAAAAUGUCUCCAAAAUCCCCAUAUGGAAAAAGUGUGCAGAAAAAAAAAUCAGCAAAGCAGAAAACACAAAACUAAACCAUGCAUCCUAAGAAAGAAAUUGAGAGCAGCUAUCUAGAACCUGAAUUGAGCAAGAAAGUGCACCAGAAGCCAUCAGUUUUAAAUCUACCGUAUUUUAAACAGUCUACUUUAUUAGUGGUGAGUGUAGAAAAGUUGACGGAUCAACAGCAUAUAAAUACUGCAAACUAAAAAAAAACACGUACACGUACAGCCAUUCAAACCAACAAACACACACCCAAAUCAUCUCAGCACAACACAAAUACCCAAAAAAAAAACACUCACAAAACAGCUUUGAGGUGGGCGUUUUUAAGUAUUCGUGAAACAACUCUUACAUGUUUAGGGUAUUAUUAUUAUUUAAUGAAAAUAAUAAAAACACACAAACAAAAUGUGACCGCAAAGUGUGGCACGCUUCUGCAAGAUAGACAAGAAACUAAACAGAAAAAAUAGAAAGGACAGUGGAAAUGGUCAGUGCAGAAAUAAAAACAAAACGAAUCUAUAUCUAUAUAUAUUAUAUAUACACAAACACAAACAAGGAAAUACUAUGAAAUACCUAAUAUAUAAAAAAAACAUUAAAUCAGUAUUUGUUGAAACUAAAUAAAACCAAAAACACUCUA